UAUCACGAUCACCCAUCUUCGAGCUCUCUCUUUGACACUGAAACCAUGGCCUUCACUAAACUUCCUCUCUUCCUCUUUUUUAUUGUUCUUCAUGGCAUCCUGUUUCUCUCUCAUCCAAUGCAUUGCAAUGACGAAGAAGACAAACUGUUGCAAGACAUCAACGGCUACAGGCAUUCACUAAAACUCCCAAACUUCACUGAAAACGGCAAAGCAGCUUGCCUAGCAGACAAAAUUGCAGACGAUUUGAAGGACAAACCUUGCGACAAGAAGGCCCAUGGCUACAGCUCUUUUGCGGGCUCUGAGCCCAAGUUCGCCAACUUCGAAAAGCAGCUCGACAAGUGCGACAUCAAUUUCAACACCACAGAAGACGGGGCUAUUUUGGUCGCCUGUGGCCCAAAAAUAGACUCGCCUGAGGUGCUUCAUAACUAUACCAAAACUGAAUACGCAAAAUAUAUUAACGAUUCCAACUACACCGGCGCUGGCGUCGGCUCUAAGCACGGCUGGGUGGUGGUUAUUCUGAGCACUGACACGUCGGAUGGAACCUUUUCCGGUGCGGUUUCUUUGGUUCCAAACAUCAUCAGUAUGGCUAACUUCAUGGUUGCUUUGUUAUUCGGCGUGCUUCUUCUUUCGGUGAGCUAAUCAAGUGCUCCCGGUGUCCUGUCAUAUGUAUAUGCAUAUAUAAAUGUAUCUUGUUUUGUAGAGCAAUGUUAAGGACUAUUUUUUCAUUCUCUCAAAGUUAGCGUGAUUAUUAAAAUUUUCGUUGAAUUUUGAGUUGAUUCAAUGAUAAUUUUAGAAGUCACGUUAAUUUGAGUAGAUAGAAAAAAGAUAAAAAGAUUGUCGAUCUCUAACAUUACUCUGUUUCGUGUGUUGAUAUCCUUGUUUUGGG